AUGGCUGCCAAAGGUUUAAUAACUAGUGGAGUGAGACGGCGGAUUGGGAAUGGAAAUAAUACAUUAAUAUGGGAGCACCCCUGGCUACAUGAUGAAUUGGAACCCAUGAUUCAGACAGAAAUGCCACCACAAUUAGCAGGAGCAAGAGUUGGGGGCUUAAUUGAUCAAUCGACUAGUACAUGGGAUCCUGAUAUUUUAUCAGAUAUUUUCCAACCAGAUGAUAUACCUAGAAUAUCAAAGAUCCCGGUAUCACUGGAGUAUGAGGACAUAUGGUAUUGGUAUGGGGACCCAAAUGGAUGCUAUACUGUCAAGAAUGGGUACAGGCGUAUUGUAGGCACUUAUGAGGAUAACUAUGGGUUUGAUAAGUGGAACACCCUAUGGAAGCUAAAAAUUUCCCCAAAAUGGAAAACCUUCUUAUGGAGAGCAAUAAGUGAUAUCCUCCCCACCACCACCAGUUUAAUUAUAAAGCGGGUAGAUGUUAACCCUAUAUGUGCCAUGUGUGGACUAAUGGAUGAAAAUAUUAUGCACUCAUUGGUUUUGUGUGAUUAUGCAAGAACCAUAUGGGAUCAAUCCAACCUUCCACUUCCCCAUUUUGUGAGGAAUAUUUUUCAAGAAUGGUUUCGAACGAUCUUAAAUGUUCUAGACACUAAUGGGGUAUUAUUUGCAGCUGCAAUUUUAUACAAUAUUUGGAGAGCUCGGAACGAAGCAGUCUGGAAUUCAUGCUUACCCAUGCCGAAGAAAAUCCUCGCGAUGGCCAUCACAACCAUGCAGGCGUGGCAGCAAGUACAUCACGCCACCACGCCAGCGCCGGCCGAUCCACACCAGCCGCAUUCCGUACAGGCACUGCCCGCCCAUACUCCCGGAACAGUAGCCACGCGGCCCAAGCAUUGCUUCAUCGAUGCUGGAUACAGGCAGCAGCCAGGAUCAGCCACAAGAUCAAUUGUGAUUGGAGCUUCUCCGACCACUCGAGCUAGGGUCAAGAGGGAAGUCCAGACUAACGAUGAGAAAGCAGACAACGCGGAAAGGAGCACCACUGGAGUCACCGUCCGUUGA